GUUAUCUUGCCCUAUCUCAAAAGGGCACGGUUGGAGUCGAUUAGGCAUUUUGUAGGAAUUAAAGUCGAUCGCCAACUCAUCACCGCAUUGGUGGAGAGAUGGAGAAAGGAGACGCAUUGUUUCAACUUUCGCGAAGGAGAGUGCACCAUCACACUCAAGGACGUCGCCAUCCUAACUCAUCUGCCUAUCGACGGCAAAGCGGUGUGUGUGAGUGAUCAUCCCCCCGAGGAUCGUGACGGUAUGACCGGUUGGCAGUAUUUCAUCCAUAGUGUUUUGGGGGUGAAAGUACCAACCAAGGGGAGCGUUGAUGCGACGGAUCGCUUGCCACCAUUGAGGAAAGGCCAAGUAUCAAUCACUUGGUUGGCAAAGUAUUUUAGGGACCAUCACGAUCCUGAAAAAGAUGGGGUGCCCCUAACCGAGGAAAGUCCGGAGCUGGAGAAGGAAAGAUAUGCUCGUGUCUAUCUCAUAGGCAUGAUAGGAGGAGUCAUCUCCACAAUGGCAGAGAUUGACGAACUAUCCAUUCGUUUUCCAGAAAGAUAUCUCCACAAUGGCAGAGAUUGGCAGCGUCGUACACCCUUAUAG